CAUCAAGAUACAACCAACAAUAGAAGCUAUAAAAGAACAUUAUGAAAACCAUACAAAGAACCUCAAUCUAAAGAACACAUGUUCCAGAGCUGAGCAGGGUAACCUGCUGGAAGGUACUAUCUGAGUACUGCUGGUAUAUCACCUAUUAACUCUGGGUUGCAGGGGUCUGGAUCCUAUCCCAAAAACAACAGGCACAAGGCAGGGAGCAACCAAGGACAGGGAGCCAAGCCAUCGCGGGGCAGACAGAAUAUAUACUUUUCUAAAGCAUUAGCAAAAUCCUGACUAUGACAAGAAUUUCUAUAUGAGUUUUAUUAUACUGAGUAAAUGUAAAGCCAUGGUGUUGCCGGUUCAAGCAUUAGUCUCUGUGUGUGUUUGAAUUUCCAAUAAAACUAUGAGACAAAUAGAAAUUUAGUAGUUGAAGACAAAGACAGUUUAAUAGCCUACUGACACCUUAUUACUAAGACUUGUUAAUUUAACCUGCUUAAUUGAGAAAUAUUGAAGGUUUCAUACAAAUUCCUGUCACUUUCCACUGGAUUUUAGUUCAUUAUGUUGGCAGAGAAUCAGAGCUCAAUAACGGACUUUUUCAUUAUUGGAUUUCCAGGACUUCUUCCCCGUUAUUAUGGUCUCAUUGCCACUGUCUUAUGCUUGAUAUAUGUCUUUACUAUACUUGCAAAUGCAAUAUUUCUUGCAAUAUUUAUAACAGACCAGAAGCUUCACAAGCCCAUGUACUUCAUCAUAUUGAACCUGGUUGUGUCUGACGUGUUGUUCAGCACCACCACCUUGCCAAAGAUCAUUGCCAGGUACUGGUCCCAGGCAGGAACCAUUUCAUUCACUGCUUGCUUUGUCCAGAUGUAUUUUGUGCAUUAUUUUGGAUCUGUGAACUCCUUUGUAUUACUAAUAAUGGCUAUAGACAGAUACGUGGCAAUUUGUAACCCUCUCAGAUACUCCAAUAUUAUAAGUAACUUUUUAAUUAGUAUUCUCAGCAUAAUUUCUUGGGUCAUUGCCAAGAUCGUGCCCCUGAUGAUGGUAAUUAGGGCAUACCCUCUGCCCUAUUGUGCAUCUAAUUCCAUAAUUCAUUGUUACUGCGACCAUAUUUCUAUCACAACGCUGGCAUGUACUGACAGGGCUGCUUACGCGUAUCCUGCUUUUGCUUCUGCUAUGGUCGUAUUACUGGUGCCUUUAGCAUUUAUCUUAUUUUCUUAUUGCUCUAUACUUGUUGCAGUCUUUAAAAUCGCCACCACCCAAGGUCGCCUCAAAACCCUCUCCACCUGCAGCGCCCAGCUCAUUAUCAUUUCCCUUUACUAUCUCCCCCGGUGUUUCAUGUACAUGGCGAGCAACGUGGGCAUUACAUUCAGCCCAGACUUGCGCAUCGCAAUCAUCAUGCUUUACAGUUUGUUCCCUCCCAUGGUCAAUCCGCUGAUAUACUGUCUACGGACUAAAGAGGUGAAGGAAAGUUUAUUCCAAAAGCUGAAGAAACGAGUAGACAUACAGAAAGCAAACGUGCUGACAUGAGACUGAUAACAUUUGGUAAAAAUGGUGUGAUAGAUAACUGAGCAGAUAACUGUGCAUUCUGACUUUAUGUUAUGCAAUUUUUUUGUUUUCGGUAUGCAAGUUGAUUGAUAUAGUUCAGAUUUUGCUUUCCUAAAAAGGUCAACAUCAUUGUUAGCUCACAUUGUUGUGAUUGGCUUAAAGGUUUUUGAGACAGCUUGAGUAAGUUAACAAAAAAUACCAAUAACAAAGGCCACGUCCAUUGUAAAAAAUUGCAUUUUAAUAAUAUACGUCAGCAUUUGCAAUGUUGACCCCUGGGUACCUUGAAAGAAAAAAUACCCGUAUAACUGUGAGCCAGUUUGUUUUAAAUCAUACCAUGAUCGUGAUUAUAGACUGCUUCAGACCCAGUCCUGGAUGUUCUGGCACACUAGGCAGGAUCAUCUCCCCGCCAAGAGCAGCGUAUCAUUUUUCUGUCAUUUCAGUUAGCCUGUACUACUGAAAUGUUUUAGUAUAUCUGGCUGCUAACUAGCUAGCUACCAUCUGUUUUAAGUAGUGAAAUAUUAAAACUGGAAAGGGCAUUUCUGAUUUUUUCACUCACUCUUUUGUACCCCCUACUCAAAUGGUGCCCUAUGUUGCCUAUAGGGUGGGCCAACCAUGGCUUAGUUACCUGUUAGAAAAAUAAUUCUUUGCGAUAGACUA